AUGCUUGGGGGCCUCAUGUUUGCCCUCAAGAUCACUCUGUCCUACAUGGACCCCUACCGGGAGCAGCGCAAGGAGGCCAAGCGGCAGGCGCUGCUGCUGAAGCAGCGGCUGGGGCGCAGCCUGGUGCUAAAUGAGUAUGAGCAGCUGCUGGCGGCGAGCGUCCUCAACCCACACCAGAUCGACGUCUCCCUGGACGACGUGGGCGGCCUGGACGGCGUCAAGAGGGACAUGCGCCUGCGCGUGCUGCGCCCGCUGCGCGAGCACGACGCAGUCAGCGCGCUGCUGUGGCGGCCGGUGAAGGGUGUGCUGCUGUACGGGCCCCCCGGCACCGGCAAGACGAUGCUGGCCAAGGCCAUGGCGCGGGAGGCGGACUGCUUCUUCCUGAACAUCACGGCAUCCGCUGUGCUGUCAAAGUGGUACGGGGACGCAAACAAGGUGCAGGCCAGCCCGAUCGGCAACCCAGCGGGCCGCGCCCUCGCGCCGCCGCCCCCGGCCCCGCUCAGCCCCGGCCGCUUGUUCGCGAGGCGCGGGCGGCUGGCGCUCCGCCUUUGA